GAUGAUCAACAAGCGAACGCAAAUCAAUGAAGUGCGUAUUUUAGCUGUUGAAAGUCGCAUGAAGACGAAAAAUGAAGCAGACAAAAACGUCGAGGACAAGCUGAAAACGUUUACAGAUUUCGAAAGUGUUAUGAGAAAACAUCCAGCGGAUCAUCGCAAAAGAGAGAAAAGAAAUAUUGCUCCAAAUCCAACGGCAGGAACUGUAACUUUACAACAAAUCCGCCAAGAAAUAAACAACAAGUUCAUUGAAGUUUGUAACUCCUCAGACAGAAUAUGCCAGGCAGGACCUCCGGGACCGCCAGGAGCCCUUGGGUAUCCCGGAUAUAAGGGAGAAAAAGGGGCCUCUGGAAAGGUAGGACCACCAGGCCCAUCGGGGCCUAUUGGGGCUCCAGGUGUGGGUGGCAAAAGAGGACCCGUAGGACCUCAAGGAGUAAAGGGCGACAAAGGCGACAAAGGGUCUGUUGGAGCUCCUGGAAUUAAAGGAGAUACUGGAGCGAAGGGUCGUCACGGACAAAAAGGAUCUAUUGGCUUAAAAGGGAACAAAGGUAUCAGAGGAUUGGUUGGUAUUCAGGGACCAAAGGGAGAAUGUGUUGUUCCACCGAAGAUCAUUGUGUAUCCAUUAUCUCAGGAAGUCUUUAUCAACGAGACAGCAAUAUUCUUCUGUUGGGUUCAAGGCCAGACGUCCUCCAAAAUAACAUGGCGUAAGCUUGGAGGUACCCUAUCUGAUGCUACCGUGAAAGAUGGUGCACUUCGAAUUAACAGCGUUCAAAGGUCACAUGUGGGGUCGUAUAUGUGUGCAGCUCAUACCGGUCUAGGAAUUUUCAGAAUCGCAGGCAGUUUACUCGUAAAAGAGAUACCACAGUUUACUAACAAACCUCCACCGAAGGUCGUUGUAGAACAAGCAACAACUGUCAGCCUCUGCUGCGUGGCCACAGGUUCCCCUCGUCCUAAAGUUGAAUGGACUAGGCAUCAAAGGUCCACUUUGUUCUCUCCGUUUUUCCAGGAAGACGGAUGUCUCGCAGUAAAUACUGCAAAAGCACAUGGUGAAGAAGACUACAUCUGUCGAGCCACAAACAGCUUUGGGUUAACGGAAACAGUAACCACAGUGAUUGCUACGAAAUUAAUGGAUAGUUCUUGUGACCUAGUUCAGCAUGGACCUUCUCGCAAAACUGAUGGGAUGUACUACCUACGAGCUAAAAACACUCAAGCAGCCUUUCCUGUCUACUGCGAAUUGACAACAGACGGUAGAGGCUGGACUAUUAUUGCCCGCUUUUCAAAUAAUGACGUCAAGAACUGGAUGGCUGACACUGGCCAUUGGUGGUACGACCGUCAAGUUGCCACUGGAAAGACAGAGAGUCCCUUUAUAAACACUGACAUGAUCUCACCAGCAUUUUGGUUGGUCAGAGGAAGCGAAUUUAAGAUCACGCGCAGUGACGACCCCAGUCACACUCCUCUGUUACAGACCACAGGUAACUGUUUGGGUGGACAAACAUUCCGAUCUAAAAUCACAAGUUAUGGCGACUUUAGAAAUGGCAAGGUCUGGGCCAGUAAUCGGUGUCUGGGAAGUUGUACGGUUCAAUAUGGCGGACAGUACAAGUCAACAGACGGGUUUCAACAGGCUGAUUGCAGUGGAAGCAUCCAAAGUGCUGACAAGAUCGGCUUCUGGUGUGACUGGAGUAGUGGGGAUGGAUCAGUGAUGAUGAUUGGAGGAGGAGGACGUAGCUGUGCACGUGCUGAUCAUGGGAUUGGGAUCACAGAAACUGACGCUGCUUCUUUCGUUGAAGAUGGUGGUAGUGAAACUGAAUAUGACUUUGGUUAUGAUGGUGCAACAAAUAAAGUUCCAUCUCAAUCCUACUCGUUGAACUUAUGGAUCCGUUAAAACAUUAUAAGAUCUUUCUUUUACAAACUUGGUUCAGAACUGAAGACCGCUGAAAAGAAAGAUGUUGCUUAUUUCUUGUCACCUUAUUAUUCAAGUUUAAUUUUCAAAACGUAAAUAAAAACUUAUACCCUCACUGUGGUACAAGGGGAGUGGAAGGGGUUAGUUGGAACCCUGCCAUGCGUUUUCGUUACAUUGCAAUAUUUUGAAAAGUUUUUACCUUUAAUAGAUGGCCUUAUGUCGUCCACAAGAUGUUGUUAAUAUCAUGGGAUUCGUAUGCAAAUUUCGCUGCUGAGACUCGGUGACGUCAUCCGACAUGGCAGACUUUUUUCAGAUUUUUCUUUGCCUGGCCCCGUAUAUUGUACUUUCUUGUUUGUAGCGCGUUGUGGAAAGAGUACAAUAUCUGCGUCAUCUGUUUGUCUUCCAAAAAGUAGA